UUCUCGCCUGUGUGUCCAUCUCAUAGUUCCCGCACCUAUGGACCCUGAAAAGCCACUGCUGUUACUACGGAGCUAAGUCACUACCUCAGCUGUGAUGUGCGUUCUUCGUCUAGAACCCCCCCAGUGUGACUGAGGUCUACCAACAGGGUUGCUCAUGAAGGUCCUCUUUUUAAGACAAUUAAGAGACAGAGGAAUGGAAAGAAAAUGCUGCAGGCGUCCUGGGAUCUGCUCAUCCAGGAUGUACGCGUUCUUUCUAGGUGUUGUGUUUAUCACUUUAAGUUCAAGUCGCAUCUUACUGGUAAAAUACUCAGCCAACGAAGAGAACAAGUAUGACUAUCUUCCAACUACUGUGAAUGUGUGCUCAGAAAUGAUCAAGCUAAUUUUCUGUGUGCUUGUGUCACUCUGUGUCAUAAAAAAAGAAGAGCAUCAGAGUAAACAUUUGACAUGUACGUCCUGGAAGGAAUUCUCUAAUUUCUUGAAGUGGUCCAUUCCUGCCUUUCUCUAUUUCCUGGAUAACUUGAUUGUCUUCUAUGUUCUGUCCUAUCUUCAGCCUGCCAUGGCUGUUAUCUUCUCAAAUUUUAGCAUUAUAACAACAGCUCUUCUAUUCAGGAUAGUGCUGAAGCGGCAUCUAAACUGGAUUCAGUGGGCUUCCCUCCUGAUUUUGUUUUUGUCUAUUGUGGCCCUAACCACCAGUACUAAAACUUCACAACAUGAUUUGGCAGGACACGGAUUUCAUCAUGAUUCCUUCUUCACCCCAUCCAAUUCCUGCCUUCACUUCAGAAGUGAAUGUUCCAAAAGAGACAACUGUACAGCAAAGGAGUGGACUUUCAAUGAAGCUAAGUGGAACACCACAGCCAGAGUUUUCAGUCACAUCCGUCUGGGCUUGGGGCAUGUUCUUAUCAUAGUACAGUGCUUUAUUUCUUCAAUGGCCAAUAUCUAUAAUGAAAAGAUACUGAAGGAAGGGAACCAACUCACUGAGAGCAUCUUCAUACAGAACAGCAAACUCUAUCUCUUUGGCAUUGUUUUUAACGGGCUGACCCUGAGCCUUCAGAGCAGUAAUCGUGAUCAGAUUCAGAAUUGUGGAUUUUUUUAUGGCCACAAUGGGUUUUCAGUAGCCCUUAUUUUUGUAACUGCAUUCCAGGGCCUUUCAGUGGCUUUUAUUCUGAAGUUUCUUGAUAAUAUGUUCCAUGUCUUGAUGGCCCAGGUCACAACUGUCAUCAUCACUACAGUGUCUGUCCUGGUCUUUGACUUCAGGCCCUCUCUGGACUUUUUCCUGGAAGCCCCAUCAGUCCUUCUCUCCAUAUUCAUUUAUAAUGCCAGCAAGCCUCAAAAUCUUGAAUAUGCACCUAGGCAAGAAAGGAUCCGAGAUCUAAGUGGCAGUCUUUGGGAGCGUUCCAGCGGGGAUGGGGAGGAGCUGGAAAGACUUACCAAAGCCAAGAGUGAUGAGUCAGAUGACGACACUUUCUAAAUGGGACCGAUUGGUUGGCAGCUCUCACAAACUGUAUUUUCACAAUUAUCUUUUCACUUUGACAAACUGAGCAUGUUUAAAAGCAUAAUACUGUUUUACAUAUAUCUAACCACUCCAUAAACAGCUCCAUCCAAGGCUUAGUGUAUCCUGGGGGUGACAGAGUUCUAAAGAAUUGGCAUAGGAAUAUGAAUAGCACUUGAUGAGUCAACAGGAUAUAUUUGCAGGUUGUUUUCUUCAUCUUCCAAGUUCCAGAAAUCAUGUUAACUAGAUCCUACAAAUUUGCCAAUAAAGACAGUUUUCCAGGUGCUUAUUCUUAGGUGGCAUCAGUCUGAGGACUACAGUCUUUUUUUUUUAAAUCAUUGUAAAUACUAAGUUGUCCGUCCAACUUUGAGGUCCUAGAAAUAGUCAUUUUGUUUUUUUAAUUAAAGUAGUAAGACUCUAAAAAUUUUAGCUGAAGGACUUAAAUGUCCAUCUUUUCAGAAACAAUUCCAGAAUUUUGAAUUUUUAUAUAUGGGAAAUUUUAACUUUAACCUUAGUAAAUUAUCUUUUGGGUUUUUUUUUUGUUGUUUUUUUUUCUGAGUCAGGGUCUCCCUGUAGCCCCAGUUGGCCUGGAACUUACUAUGUAGACCAGGUUGUCUUCUUCGAUCUCUAGGAGAGCCCUCUGCCUUUGCCUCCCCGUGCUGGGAUUAAAGGUGUGCACCACCAUGCCCAGAUUCUUUUGAUGUUGUUUAAAGCUUUAUCAAGGUGAAAGUUGGUUACAAAGUCAUCACAGUUUCCACUUUUAUUUUGAUCUGCCUAAGCCAAUGUGGUUUUUUUGUUUUUCUCAGUCCUCUUCAGUUUGUGCAUUUAUAAGAUCUUGACAUCAUUACUUUUGAGUUCUUAUGUUGUAGGGAAUAAAUAAGGUGUUUUAUUUUGUGAAUUAUUAAUUAAAACUUGUGACUGUUAGAUACUUUAUUUAAUAUCCUGUUCCCUAUAGUCAAGACACUGCUUUGGAAGUCCUUUACAAGAAU